AUGUCGCCUCAAUCUCACGUUUGGUCACUGGUUACCGUCUUACUGGUCUUGGUGUCGUUGACCAACGCAUCACUCUUCUCGCCGUUUCUGUCCGUGCUCGACUGGUCGCAGCAGACGGCCUCUAACGAAACACUCCACGAAGUCGCCAAACGGGCUGUUGACCCAACGUCGUGUCCAACUGGCUACAAGAACUGUGCGAACAUCGGGGCCCCAGGUCUUUGCUGCGCCAACUCAGCCAUCUGUGCUCCUGAUCAGGCUGGCCAUGUCGCUUGCUGCCCGAGCGGCGCUGCCUGUACUGGCUCCAUCUCGUCCAUCAUCACUGGCGGUGUGAUUGUUUCUGGAGGCUCUGCUGUCACAACCACCACGCCCGCUUCUCAGCCUCUGACUGCAUCGCCAUCCUCUUCUCAGACAACCGCAAUCUCUGGGGGUGGUCUCAUCAUUGCAAGUGGACACAGCACCACCGCUACAUCUCCUGUAACUACUACUGUCGCAUCGGGUGCUACUACAGAUGGCGGCUUCGUCCUCGUUGGAAGCAGUACUGCCGCUACCUUGGGAAGCAGCGCUGUGAGAAACAUCCACACUCCCCUCGUUGCCCGCCUCAUCAUUGGGCUUCUGGAGUUGCUGCCUCUCUAA